UCCAUAAACAAAGACUGCAAAAUCGUUGGUUCACUUUGUCGCAAGAUCAAGUGGCGCCUGCCCCUCCAAUCGCAGAUAGACAGAGCUUCAGCUGUGGUAAACACGCGCAUUCCAUGAUGCUUCGGAAGGAAAGGGACGGUGCAACGUCACCUGGUCCGGUGUACAUGAGUUCUUCUCAGAUGACGAACUAUUUACAAGACCUUCGUACCAACCGUCCCGCUCGUCCCACAGGCUCACGGCCUCCGCCCGCACACUUCAACACCUGGUCCAGCAGAUCUUCGCAUAGAUUCUCCGACCUGCCAGCUAUAUCGCCGCUCACGCAAAAAACAUUCGAAGACGCCGAUGCCAAAGUUGACGCGCCGCCAGUGUCAACACCUCCUGAACCCAAGUCGCACCAGCGGACAACAUCCAACAUGAGCAUAGAUGGGGUGAUCGCAGGCGUCGGGCGACCUCUGGUUCAGCCUCCGCGGGGACGAGACAUGACCACCUCUUCGAUGGCGCGGGAACGAACUCCAAGUGUGCAGUAUCGCGAGAGCGGGCGGCGGCAGGUAGAGAAAGACGAGGUCCGCGCAUUACGAGCGGCCAUGGAGGAAGUGGAUCUCAAGUCGGAGGAGAAACUGUACGAGUCGGCGAGGGACGAAGCUGCGGAAUUAGUCUGGAAGCAUAUGAAUCCCAACGCCCCGGGCGCAAACCCAGACGGACCGUACGCCUAUCCUGGGCUUUCCAGAAAGGGAAGUGUUCAGAGGAGCCAAAGUCUUGAUCGCAGUGAACAAGAUCUGCAGCGCACGAAUUCAAAAUUACGAAGAAAGCGCAAUUCGAUGGGCAGCACAGCCGGUAGCAGGAGCAGCAGUCUUCAGAGCCGCCGCGCUGGUAGUGGGUCUUCCCUCACCGCCAACGCAGCCUUCAGCACGUCCCCUACAAAUGAGAGUUUCACAGGCGAUAAGGCAGUGGAUUCGGCAAUACUGCCGAAAGCAUCUUCAACUCCGUCCACGUCACACCGUAAAGUGUCGGACCCAAACCAAAAACGACGCAGCAGCGGUUCGCGCAGGAAGGCCAGUGCAACAAGCUUGUUCAAGAAUCCCAACGACCAGAUCUACGAAGAACCUGAGGAGGAACAAACUGCUCCUCCACCACCGGCUAUCACGAACCCUCCAGCGCCCGCCAAGCUUCCUCUUGGUGCUAGGCGGAAUCCGUUCGCCCGUGUCCAGACUAUCAAAGACAAGAACCUGGUGCGAUCCAACACUGAUCCGGUUGUUCCUAUGAAGCGAUUUGAUCGCUUUGAGAUUCAAAGGAAUCCUCCUUCACAAUCGCGAAAUGCCGGCUACACAAGCAGCUCGUCUCUUCCACGAACGAGCGAGGACGGUGGCGGAAAAUCAGAUGUCGAAAACGAACCGGAGGUGAAGACAAAAGACGGGAAAGAGAUCCGUAGCGAGGAGCUGCGAGCGGCGACUGGAUUCAAGUUGAAGGAUAGAAGUGCCAAACUUCCUACGCCCACAAUGGUGUCUGAUAGCCCUGGCCGUCCUAUUGUAUCGUUCAAGAAGGAUUGGAGACCAAAAGAGAUUGAAAUGAAGGAGGAGAUCUCGGCACUUCCUGGUGCAUCACCUCGUCCUCACACUCAAGCUGCCAAAGGCCCUCGACCUCUAUCAAAAGCGGCGACUGCUCCCGUCGUCCCUACGAUCGGUAAUCCAGCUGAGAGGGUGGAACCUCCAACACCGGCUCCCACUCCCCAGAUGAAUCCGUCCACGGUCUCUGCUCCCUCAACAAGAGUCAGCCGGGUAAAGAUACCCGCCGUCAGCGUCUUUGAGGAUCCUCCAGCGAGGCCACUCCCCAGUCUUGCAGCGUCAAGGAAAGUCAAUACCCCGCCUCAAAACGCCGCGCCUAUUGUACCAACAAUAAACGUCUCUGAGGCCCCCGCAGCGCCCCCUAAACCAUCUUCAGCGACUCCCAUUCCGACUAUCAAUGUUCAAGAGACGUCCUCAAUCUCUGUCAGCGCCCCUAGCGGCAGUUUCAGCUUGAAGAAUCGGAAGCUACCCUCGGUAUCUGUCAGUCCUGUCCCCACGAUAUCCGUGAGCGAGUCGCCUAUGCCACCGAGAGGUCCUAGGAAUACCGGUACACCCUCAAUUUCCGCCACACCAAGCAUCCCUACUAUUGCUGUCAGUGAGUCUCCGGCCCCAGGCCGAGGAUCUAGGCCCAGUCCGCCUUCGAUAUCCGUCACACCCUCCAUACCAAACAUUGCUGUCAGCGAGUCUCCAGCUCCAAGCAGAGGAUCUAGGGUCAACCCACUCUCAAUAUCGGUGGCGCCCUCCAUCCCAUCGAUCAACGUCGACGCUCCUCCAACCUCAACACGUCCCCUCCCAGUCCCAGGCAAAUCCAAAUCCCCCUUCGACCGCGGCAACGCCGCUACCUCCUCGCGCUCCCAUUGGACUCCCACCAGCGUCCGCACCGGCGCCCUCUGCGAGCACUGCGCGCUUCCAAUAGCAGGCCGCAUCGUCUCCGCCGCGGGCGUCCGCUUCCACCCGGAGUGCUUCCAAUGCCACCACUGUGGCGAGCACCUCGAGUGCGUGGCCUUCUACCCGGAGCCUUCGAAUAAGCACGCCGAGCGCGUCGCCCGCAUCCGCGCCCGCCAGCGCGGCGACGACAUUCCCAUGCUCGACUCCCACCCCACCUACGAAGAUAUGCAGCGUCUUGAGCACGACGAUGGGCACGACGAGGCCCUGCGCUUCUACUGCCACCUCGACUUCCAUGAGCUGUUCAGCCCACGCUGCAAGAGCUGCAAGACGCCCAUUGAAGGCGAAGUCGUGGUGGCGUGUGGCGCGGAGUGGCACGUGGGACACUUUUUCUGCGCGCAGUGCGGCGAUCCGUUUGAUAGUUCUACGCCCUUUGUCGAGAAGGAGGGGUAUGCGUGGUGUGUAGAUUGCCAUACGAAUCGGUUCAGCACCAAGUGUCGGAAGUGCAGGAAGCCAGUUACCGAGACGGUGGUUAAGGCGCUCGGGGCGGAGUGGCAUGUUGGGUGCUUCGUUUGCAUGGAGUGCUCCGGGCCGUUUGAAGACGGGCGGUACUUCCUCCGCGGCGAGUGCGAGGACCCGGUCUGCGUAAGGUGCGAGGAGAGGAGGUUGAAGGCGUAGCGGCACGACCCUUUCCCUUGAGGUGUUCGCGCCAGGCCGGUCCUGGGCCGCGAGAUGGUUGUAGGAAGGUUGAUGGGAUUGUAAUAGUCUGUCUGAACUUUGCGUGUUUGCAUAUGCAUGAUGUUGGUGGCGUGAUUACAUGUGCAUUAGAAGCAGAGGA